UCUCGAAUUUCGAAUUGGACUGCUGCGAGCGAGAUCAGACGAGACGGCAAUCCCCAAUCCCACUCCUCCUCCACCGCCAUGGACGACCGGGACCUCGACGACGCGGCGCUCUGGGCCUCCGUCGACACGGCCGUGGCCGAGGCCUCGCGCCGGGCGCUGCCCAUGCCACCGCCCUCCUCCCCCGCCGUCUCCCUGUGGCCCGCCCCCCACGACGACCCCCACCGCGGCGAGGUGCUGCAGCCCGCCCGCCCCUUCAAGCUCCCGCGCGUCGCCGCCUCCCACGGCCGCGGCCGCGGCCGCGCCACGCCGCCCCCGCCCCCGCCGUCGCCCUCGUCUCCCCCGCCCUACAUGGCGCCCGACGCCUCCAGGCCGCUGAUGCUCGUCCAGAGCCCGCACCCCGAGCUGCCCUGGGUGACGGAGCCCGGCGCGGCGGGGAGCCCCGUCGCCGCCGCCGCCGCCCCGCACGGCCUCUUCCCCUCCGCUGCCGCGUCCGUCGCCAGCUUCAGGAAGUACCAGGAGGUAGCCGUCUCGAUUCUAGAUAAAAGCGACUACACCGUGAUCAGUGGGAACCCAUACAUAAAGAAGUCAGGGUGGAGAAAAAUAUCAUGCUUCUACAAUAUCUCAUUUGAAAUCAAGGACCACUCUAUUGAAUUUGAUGACAGCCACAAUGUAAACCGUGCCGAGUUUCUUGUCAGAGCAUCUAUGCAAAGUGGCAGGUUCUCAGAUGGCUGGGGUUCUUGUGAUCGACGGGAAAAGAGAUUCAACAAGCCAAACCAUGAUAUCCCCAGCACAGCUGAAACCAGAGCUAAGAACAAAGCUUGUCAGGAUCUUCUUGGCAUCGGCCAUAACCGUCCAGGAUGAGCGAGGCGUUGGUCCAAGGUCUGGCUGUCACACUAGCAACUCUUCUGUCCUGGUGAACUGAAGACUGUAUAUACACUGUAAACCGCAGACUGUAAACAGUGAGGUACAAGUGCCUUGCGCAGGACCAGGGAUGAUAGAACACCAGAUGCGAGCUCACUCGUUUUCGGAUGCUCGAGAAAGAGCGUCGUGUGCCGAUCGUUGCGUCGCUGACUGUACAUUCCCCAUUAGCAGCGAAGUUUCAGUGGCAGACAUGAGAAUGUCACUGCUGCCUCAGCCACUGUGGAUCUCUGUAGACAAUAGAGGCUUGUUUUUUUGGAUCUCAGUUUAGCUGUAGCACGCGUGGGAGAUCACAACCAGAUGGUAGUGGCACAUGGGAAGAGUCUGGUUUCACGUUUUGGUUGUCAUGCUGUUCUUCGGCACGGAUGCACGAUGCCCGGUGAAUCAGACGGUAGGGCUGUGCCGGCUGUCGAUUGUUUCAGUUGUUUGGAUGCGUCCCUUCAGAGAUGCAGUAGCUAUAUGAUGCACAUUUCUUCUGUCA